AUGACUUCUGAAUACUGUGCACAGCGUGAGAACAAGACCUUUCUCGCCCGCCUCUGUGAGCAGGCUGAGCGCUAUGAUGAAAUGGUCACUUAUAUGAAGAUUGGAGGCGAACUUACCGUCGAUGAGCGCAAUCUCCUCUCGGUUGCGUACAAGAAUGUUGUUGGCACCCGCCGCGCUUCCUGGCGCAUAAUCUCCUCCAUCGAGCAAAAGGAAGAAUCCAAAGGUUCUGAGAAACACGUGGGAAUUAUCAGGGAGUAUCGCGAGAAGAUCGAGGCCGAACUCGAACGCGUGUGCCAGGACGUCCUCGAAGUUUUGGACAAUAACUUGAUUCCCAAAGCCGAAACCGGCGAGUCCAAGGUCUUUUACUACAAAAUGAAGGGCGACUACUACCGUUACCUCGCUGAAUUUGCCUCUGGCAACAAGCGCAAGGUUGCAGCCACCAAUGCCCACGAGGCUUACAAGAACGCUACCGACGUUGCUCAGUCAGAGCUAACUCCUACUCACCCCAUUCGCUUGGGUCUCGCUCUCAACCUUUCAGUGUUCUACUAUGAGAUUGUCAAUUCUCCUGACCGUGCGUGCCACCUUGCCAAACAAGCCUUUGACGACGCCAUUGCGGAACUCGACUCAUUGUCCGAGGAAUCCUACCGUGACAGCACCUUGAUUAUGCAGCUGCUCCGCGACAACCUCACUCUCUGGACCUCGUCUGACGGAGGCGAACCAGAGGCAGCUACUACCACCGAGGCAGCACCAGAAGAGAAACCCGCCGAGGCCACCAGUGCCACUGAAACUCCAGCUGCCCCCGCUCCAGCUGAAGAAAAGAAGGAGCCGGCUGCCGAAUCUUGA